AUUGUAACAUCCGUGUCUCUUAAUCUUCACCAUGACGGACACGCGUCAGUUUGGUGAUCUUGCCACUCAGCUCAUCAUGGAAUCUCGUAGAUCAACAUUAACGGAUACCCUUCUCAAAUACAACGACAAUCUUGUACGAUCUAUCAUCCGGGAACAACGCGAUCUCGAAAAAAUGACCGAAACAGGUCAGAAUGUCACUCCAGCGAUGCUCAUCUAUCAAACAACCAUCGUACGAAACAAAAGAUGUCUCCUAGCUUAUCACAAGCACCGUAUGGAUAGACUGCGCGAUAUGUACUGGACCGCUGGUGGCGCUUUACCGCACAUCCUGAGCAACCAGGACAUUCGCAGCAAGCUCUCUCCUCAUGAAGUCGACUUCCUUCGCCAGUACAGCACUUCUGUGAUGGACUAUCGUGCUGGUUUUUCCAACGAGCUGGAUAUCACAGCCAGUAUCACCCAUCCCCCCAAAGACUUGCAUGUGCUGGUUCACGUUAUCAGGGAUUGUGGGGUCAUACAGACAGAGCUUGGGACUAUCGAUUUUCAGAAGGGGCAAAGAUUCAUGGUUAGGAGGGCUGAUAUUGAACACCUUAUUAUCCAAGGUUACCUUGAGGAGGUUUGAUAGAAACACGUGGCGGUGUUUAUUUCCGACCAAACAAUCCAAUACUUUGUUAAGUGUCUGUCUACGCGUUGCGUCAACUGUCCCGACCAUGAUGCGGCAUGGUCUCCAUAACCCGAGAUUGUCAUCGACUACAUUGAUCCCACGAAAUAAAUUUACUUUAUCUCACAAACUCCUGUCUACACAUUUACAACGGUCGUCAAUCGCAGCUCCUAAGGCUUCUCCAUCAUUUACUGUCCGGCCAAUGAAACAACGCCAUGACCUCUUGUUUUCAGAGGGCCCUAGUCCUCCCAUGUUUACGCCAAAUAAUGGGGGUUCCAGCGGUUCCGGAGAUGUAUCCGACCGUGAAUGGCAGAUCCGGACAGGCCGCGCCAUCUAUAUCCUUCAGAAAACGCUUCCUGAUUUCUUCGACGUUGGCCUUGUCUCGAACAUAGACCCCACAAAGACACCGGCACUGAUUGAUUCCAGAGAAUUGUCUUCGCCGGAGGUAGAAAACAUUUACAGCCCAAAAGUGAGGUUGACGUACACACCUCCUGUUGCCCUUCCCUCGCCAUUUCCAAGAACACUUGGCCUCGAAGGUCUGCCGCUGUAUUUGGCUUCGUCAGUCUUUAUCCGGCACACAAUGAGAACACUGUACUCAGACCUUCGUGUUGAGCUACGCAGGGUGAUAGUGCAAGGAUCGCCGUCCUCGCAUUCAGAAAGCGCUGUAGCCGGAACCCACUUGAAUCACCAGCGAGAAAAGAGUGUCUUCAUUGGCCUUGAUGUGCAUGGCACGACGCGUGUCAGCGGUGGUGUUGGGAAAUGGCAGAUAGACUCGACGUACAGCUUCUCGCCCCUAUCUGGGUUGAUACAGACGCAUACUAUUAACUCCAUACAUCCAGCGCCCCAUCAGGCUGCAUAUGAUGCAUUACGAGCGUCGCUCAGCAGCGUGUUCGGCUUCGGCGGGCCAGGGCCAAGUGAUAUUCGACCAGGAGAGGUUCAAGCGGUUGAUAGCGAAAAAGGGUGACCUAGGCUUGUUUUGCGUAUUUUUGUCGUACUCUUUUUCACCUCUUGUAACUUAUCGCCCAAUUAAUCAAGAGAUGAUCUUCAUGGACCCGGCAUCCUGUCAUCGACAAGCGAAUGCCAGCGGGUAACCUAUCCACCUCCACCGCUUUCCUGUUGCUGUUUCCGUGUAAUUACACUAACGUUAGUCGCCCUAGCCAAGCCUAUAGAAGAUGAAAGACGGUUCAUACUUGCAUGCACCAAGCAGAAUUCAAGACGAACUACCACGCGGUCAGGUCAGCCCCACUGAGUAAAUAUUAAUAUCGAUGAAGGUGGGAUUCUGGUAGUAACGGGGCACAAAGUGGCAGAGCCUGAGACGCCGCUGAUGGCAGUAUUGUUCUUGUGAGAACA